AUGUUCAAACGAAAGAAACUGGCGGCGACGGCCCCCGUCGACCCACUCGCGGCGUUGGGUGACCCAAAGGACAUCGCCAAGGACUUUCCUCUCUUCAGCUCGGCAGAGAUCAAGGCGAUGCAGAAACAGUUCGUUGUGUGGUUGGAUCAAGCUUGCAUUCACCACGAUGGACGCAUCAUGGUGGAAGUGCCAUCGCAUGUGGUGGUCGACCAGCCCAAGGUGGCGUUGAAUGGACUGUUUGCGUUGGCCAUUCGAAGUGGACCAGGGCACACGGUGACCUUUCUCGACUUUAUGGCGGUGACGUCGCUAUUUCAUCCCAAGACACCUCUCGUCGACAAACAAAAUGCCAUGUUUCGUUUGUACGACGUCGACAGGGAUGGCGUCGUGUCCCCAGCGGACGCCCAUCAUGUUCUCACUCAAUACCUGGGCUUUACCAUCGACAUAUCCGCUAUUGCAGCCUCCAUGCAAGACUUCAUGACGACAUCUGCUGUUGGAUUGACAUCACACGAGUUCCACCAAAUGGUGACGGACAGUGAAGUGCUUGCUGCCAUGACCAUUUUGUAG